UCAUGAGGCGAAUCCAUCUGCGGAACAGUGUUGAAGCGCAUCCUCGGAGAUUUGCUACGUGGAAUAUGUAGGCUAUGUUAGUGCUAUGUAUCUUAUUGAAAUUGGGUGACACUUUACAUAACGAACAAGGUCAUUAUUUGGUUAGGCCAUUAGAAAUACUAUAUAAAUCAUCCGGCUCCGCGAGAUAGGCAAAUCGCCCACACGCAAGGUUGUCUAGUAUGUAUCCAUGCAGACGGUCGCACAGAAUCACGCCGUGUGUCAUGUCCUAAGUUUAAAGCUGUCAGCCAUUACAGACACGCCUCCACUGCUCAACCACAGUGUGUCCUGGUGGGAAGAGGAUGUGAGUGUGGUCUUGAGUUCAUGGUACAGAGCCCAGCAGAUCCAGUUAGAGAGCGAACCAGAGCUUCACCACUGCUAUGGAAUAGCAGGGACAGCAGAUAGUACAGAUAGUACACAAAGACUGUUGCUGCCUCUGCUUGGAACGGUGAACACUUGACAAUGGUGUUGUUUCUGGCCGCAGCCACAAUACCCUUUAACAACUCCUCAUAUGGGAAUCAGACCAGAGAAAAUCCCUCCCCCGAGGGCACCCAUGUGCUUCCGUCAACACUGGUCAUAUCUCUCCUCCUCCUCAUCAUCGUCCUCCUCGCCGUCUACCUCCUAAGGUUCAGGAGCCACAGGAAGGCUCUCGUCACCUCAGUCGAUAAGAAGAUCCCCAAUGGCUUCCUGGAAGAGCAAGGGGAACAGACGGUGGUUCUCCUCCCCAGAUCUCCUUCUCCCUCCAAGAGGUACUUCCCCAUCCCUCUGGACUCUCUGGAGGACGAGUACCGGAUCCGCUCGGCCGACGACUGCAAGCUCUUCAGAGAGGAGUUCAACUCCUUGCCUUGUUGCUUCCACCACGGUUCCUUUGAGGAGGCGAGCAAGGAGACCAACAGGGAGAAGAAUCGCUACCCCAACAUCCUACCAUACGACCACUCCCGAGUGGUGCUAGCUCAGAUCGAUGGACAUUUGGGCUCAGACUACAUCAACGCCUCAUACAUUGAUGGCUUUAAAGAGAGGAAUAAAUUCAUCGCAGCUCAAGGUCCAAAGCAUGACACAGUGGCUGACUUCUGGAGGAUGGUCUGGGAACAGAAGACUGCUACUAUCGUAAUGCUGACGAAUCUAAAAGAAAGGAAGGAGGAGAAGUGUCACCAGUACUGGCCGGAAAAUGGCUGCUGGAUAUACGGCAACAUGAAAGUAGCAAUGGAAGACUUUACUGUCCUGGUGGACUAUACCAUCCGAAGGUUCUGCAUACAAUAUCAGAGGAGCGACGGGCCCAGACCGCCUCGUCUGGUCACCCAGCUCCACUUCACCAGUUGGCCAGACUUUGGGGUGCCCUUCUCCCCCAUUGGCAUGCUCAAGUUCCUCAAGAAGGUGAAGACGGUCAACCCUUCAUACGCUGGACCCGUCGUGGUGCACUGCAGUGCGGGGGUGGGGCGGACCGGGACCUUUAUCGUCAUCGACGCCAUGAUCGACAUGAUGCACAUAGAGCAGCGUCUGGACGUGUUCGGCUUCGUCACCAGGAUACGAGAGCAGCGCUGUCAACUCGUCCAGACGGAUAUGCAGUACUCGUUCAUCUACCAAGCUCUGUUGGAGUACUUCCUGUAUGGGGACACAGAGCUGGAUGUGUGCUCCCUGGAGGGUCAUCUGCACAUGCUCCACAACACCAGAGCUCCCCUUGACAGGCUGGGCCUGGAGGAAGAGUUCAGGAAGCUGACCAAUGUCCGCAUAAUGAAGGAGAACAUGAGAACAGGGAACCUUCCUGCCAACAUGAAGAAGAACCGCGUGCUUCAGAUCAUUCCAUACGACUUCAACCGGGUCAUUCUAUCGGUGAAAAGGGGGCAGGAGUUCACUGAUUACAUCAACGCUUCCUUCAUCGACGGCUACCGUCAGAAAGACCACUUCAUCGCCACCCAGGGGCCCCUGCAGCACACGGUGGAGGACUUCUGGAGGAUGGUGUGGGAGUGGAGGUGUCACUCCAUUGUCAUGCUCACCGAGCUAAAGGAGCGGGAGCAGGACAAAUGUUUCCAGUACUGGCCAGCAGAGGGCAGUGUAACAUUUGGAGAUUACACCCUUGAGCUGACGAGUGACACGCUCUGUGACACUUUUACUCUCAAGGACAUGGUGCUCACAUACAGACCAGAGAAGCAGUCUCGACACGUCCGUCACUUCCACUUCCACGGCUGGCCGGAGAUCGGAAUACCGGUGGAGGGGAAGGGAAUGAUUGACAUUGUCGCUGCCGUGCAGAGGCAGCAACAACAGUCUGGAAACCACCCCAUCAUAGUUCACUGCAGUGCCGGCGCGGGUCGAACUGGGACCUUUAUUGCUCUGAGUAACAUUCUGGAGAGGGUGAAAGCUGAGGGUCUGCUGGACGUGUUCCAGUCAGUGAAGAGUUUACGCAUGCAGAGACCUCACAUGGUUCAAACAGUGGAACAAUAUGACUUCUGCUACAGAGUGGUUCAGGAUUUUGUGGACAUCUUUUCAGACUACGCCAAUUUCAAAUGACAAUAUCUGGCCGCCAUAUGCUCGUCUGUGUACAGUAUUCAUUUAAUGUAUGCAAUUUUUUCAGAAACUUGUUUUAUAAACCAAGCUGUUUUUACACUUUGCACUUCCCAUACCCACAGUACUUAAACAUAUUGUGACAUAUUGUAAUAUAAUUGUUGGGCUAUUCAAAAGAAGGUUAAUAGAUUUACCAUCAGUAGUCAUCCUGCUUCAGAUUAUUUGAUAUCUUCAAUUUACAUAAUCUUUUAAUGUAAAGAUGCUUGGCUUAAUGGUUCGAUUUACAAUUGGCAACACAAAAGGUUUUCAUCUUACUUAAAAAACAUGUAUAUAUGUAGCAUUUAGAGUUAUUUAUGUUUAAAUUUUAAAGCUAUUGAUGGAAAAUAGAAUAAAUGUAACAUUUUUAUUAACGAGUUGUAUUAAUUAUUGCUCUUGUUUGGAAGAUGACCACUAGAUUGCCUUUAUUUUGUCUUGAGUCUUGCACCAAGGACACACCAUAUACUUUAAGCCUGUAUGUCCCUGGAGAUUUUUCAGAUUUAUAAGAAGUCAUUGUGAUAAUACAAUAAUAGGAACAACUGUGAACUAUGAGUCACUUUAUGUACAGGAUAUUGUUCCAUUCACUCACUCACAAACAAGUAACAGCUGCUGGAGAUUAUCAUUUACAAAUGGCGGCCUGUAUUUCCAUCUAACCUUAUUGCUUUAAUUGUUUUUCUUAUUGGAAUCACUUGGUGUAUUGGCUAUGCGUUUAAGGCAGGUCAGACACAAUGGCUUUUGGUUUGUACGAUAUUGUUCAUCAUGCCGCAAUUGUUAAGUUAGUUAAGACCAUUUAAUAAAGAAUCUUCUAAACAUACAUUGGACCUGUAAUUUUUAUGCUUGCAUGAAUGCUUGCAUGUCACAGUGCCAUAGUAUGUUGAUUAGAAAAACAUUUCUGAUCAAAUGUGAAUUGUCACUAAGUGACUUGAACUUUGAAUUGGCAUUCUGUACGUUGAGCCAGCAAGUUGUUGUUCUUUUUGUUUUUUGAGGAAAAAGGGACAUGUAUACAUAUGUACUGAAUGUUUAAACAGUUUCACGUGCUGAUUUCAUACUCGUCCUUGUUACUUGAUAAUACUUGUAUAGUAAAGUAAGUGAGUCUAUUACCAUUUAACACAUAGAUUAUUUGAUGAUUGCAUCUACAGCAGUAUCAGAUAACAGGCAUCCAUUAAAUGCUGAUUGUGGAAUUCUCUUUUAAUAAUCUGUUAUACUUAAGAUACUUCACUGCGCUUUUCUUCAUACCAAAGGUAAACCAACGGAUACAUGUCCUUUUAGCCAAAUAGAUGCGUUAUGAUUGUGUUGUCAUUCAAUGUUUGUGAUUUCAGAAUCUUAGCUAAACAUGCUGAAAGUAAGAAAAAGGGGAUUGGGGAUUGAUAUUGUGCGCAAGCAUCUUGUACCUGUGCUGUUUCCUGUAUAAUAGUUUGUAUGGAGUUUACUGUUAAUUUGCCAUUGCU